UAUGCCUACUGAAAAUAUGGCUUUUAGUGGGGAUGAAGGAUCAGGAAGUGGAAUGAAGACCGCUAAAGACGAAAAGUUACCUAAAGGCUGUAAAAGAAGGAGACGUAGGAAAAAGGAUAGCGACGCUACCAACUAUUCUUCCGACUAUUUGCAGAGUUACGUUGCGAAAAAUUACGGAUAUGACUAUCAGAAAGAAGCCAAUCCUUACUCCUAUUACGGAACUGAUUACUUAACUGGUUAUAAGUCUUCGGUUCCUCAAACUCCCUACCAAAUUCCCUAUCAAUUCCCUAAUCAAAUACCUAAUCAAACCCCCAAUCAAGCACCCAAUCAAACCAGCUAUCAGGCUGGCUAUCAAACUGGUUAUGAGUAUUAUUCCACUUACAUGCCUAGUGAAUCGAAUGAACCCAGGCGAAGCUUGAGCAGAGUACCUAGUUAUUUAAAAACUGAUCAGAUCAUUGUCAAGAAAAUCGAGGAGAAAUAUGGAACUAGAAAGAUUACAAUUAAACGAAUCCGUGAGAAUUCUAAGAAUAUAACUAACCAGUCGAAUGAAAUGAAUAAAAGUAGUGAGAGAUUGAAAAAAGUUCAAAUAAAGAAGCUUAGUUCAGAGUUAGUUCGUACGGUCGAUUCGGAAGAAAAUAAGUUAUUCUAUACAGGAUACGAAGGUCCGUUAAAGCCGAGAGUUCAAUAUGAACCGUCCGUUCCGGAUGAGGUUGCUGUAGAAAUAGAAAAAAGAGCUCCAAUGGAGAAACCUUUCAAAAGUACUGUUGUCUUUGAAAAAUCCGAUCAACAAGCAUUAGAUUUAUCAAAAGAGAUACAAAAGAGUGUUAAAGAACUCAUUACAAAACUCUUCCCAGCUUACGUUUCGGAGUUAACCAUAGCUCGGAAAAUAUUCAUAUGGCUUUGUUCUAAGGAUCUUGGUAAAUUUGAUUUCGAAGGCGUCGGCGAAAAUACAGAUACGCCUGAGAAUGUUCUUUUAAAAUUGAAAAAAGGCUUAACAACCUACGCAGUUGUCUAUAGUACUCUAUGCAAGGAAGCCGGUUUAAUGUGUAAAACAAUUGUAGGCUACGCGAAGGGUGCAAACUACGUUCCAGGUAUGAAAUUUAACAAAACUCAAUGUCAGCAUUCGUGGAAUGCAGUUUUUGUCGAUGGGGUCUGGCGUUUAGUUGAUUGUCAUUGGGCAGCCAGAAGGCUGGUUGGAAAACAGUCGGCAAAUUGGGAUAGAAUCAAAUACGAUCUUGACGAAUAUUAUUUUAUGCCUAAUCCAUCUCAGUUAAUAUUUACACAUUUCCCAGAGGAAAAUUGCUGGCAACUAAUAGAUAAUCCUGUUACUUUAGAACAAUUUGAGAAUUUGGUUGCGGUAAAAUCAGCUUUUUUUAAGUAUGGCUUAGAAAUUUUAUCCCAUGUAGACGCUGUUAUAUAUUUUGACGAAACUGUCCAAAUUGAAAUUGGAACUACGGGACAAGAGUUGCAAUUUCAGAAUACUCUUAAUAAAGAAGAUCGUAAAAAAACUACUCGGAUUGAACGCUGUUGUAUGCACUCUGUUAGUAGCGAAGUUGUUAGAUUCUUUGUUAGACCUUUGGAGGUUGGAACAUAUCAUUUUACGAUAUUCGCCAGGGAAGAGAACAUAGAGAAAGAUAAAUUAUAUAAUGAAGUCUGCGAAUACUCGCUCGAAUGUAAAAGCAUCUCAAAAGGUGUAAAAAGAUUCCCUCCAGCUUAUAGACCUAUUUGGGGAGCAAGUAACAAAUUUUCUCGUUACGGUUUAGGAGUCAAACACAAAGAGAUCAUUCAGAAUACAACCAAAGGGACUUUAGACUUGCGUUACACAAUUAAUAGACCAUUACGAUUCCUGGCAGAAUUAAUGACAGAAGAUUGGAAUGAUAAAGAGCUAAGCAAAUACGUUCUUACUAGAUUGUGCGAUGAUACAGCAAUUUUUACCGUAAAACCUCCAGUUACUGGUGAAUUUACGCUUAAUAUUUACGCUAAUGAUCCAAUUAAAGAAGGUAACGAACUGACUCAUAUAUAUCAGUAUCUGGUAGUUUGCAACUCUAUAAGCGAUCCACCACCCGUUCCAAUGCCAAUAUUACCAGCGGGUUUUCUUAGCGCUCAGCCAGCUUAUUAUAAUACGCCAGUUAAAGCUUUGUCAACAACUGAUCCUUAUAUCGUCUUAUAUAAACAGCAAACGACGAUGUUAUUUACAACGGAUGAUAAAACAGUCUUAACUUGGGAAUUGUUUAGUUCUUCGGAUGAAAAUCCAAAAGAGUACCAUUCUUAUAUCUUUCAAAUGUCAAAGGAUAAUAUAAUUACUCUACUCAUUAACUUACCUGUUACUCCGCACAUAUACAAAUUAUUAAUAUUUUCCGGUGAUAGACCUCAUAAAGAUGAUAAAGAAAUUAGGUUCAAGUCAAUUUUUAAUUAUCUAAUUGAAUGCAGAGCUAAAGAUGAUGGGAAAGAGAUUUAUCCUUUUCCUACGCAAUUAGAUAGCUGGGGAGAGGGAAUGAAACUUUUGGAACCAUUUUACAUAAACCAAUCGGGAGAUGUUAAAUUUUCAUUAAUAAUUCCAGAAGCAAAAGCAGUUGCCGUAGUUAUGGCUAGUCUAAAAUGGAAUCACUUGAAAAAGGUCGGAGAUAAUUGGACUAGUUCAGUAUGCAUAGACUCAAUUCGAGAUACAUUAACGGUUUGUGCUAAAUUCAAAGGUGUGUCUUCCAAAUAUACUGCCCUUUUAGAGUAUAAAGGUAGAGAAUAA